GUCUCCGGCUCAGUGUGAUCGGAGGCGGCGGAGGGGCCGGGCCGAUUGUUGUGAUGAGGCUGCUCAUGGCGUCGUCGGGAGCCGUCGCGGGAGGCGCCGGGCGGAGGUAGCGCGGCCUGCUGAACGGAGCCGGGCGCCGCGGCGCGGGCGUGAUGGAGGACAAGGCGGCGAAGGAGGACGGCGAGGCGGAGAUCCAGGAGCUGCACGGGCCCGAGCACUGGUUCAGCAAGUGGGAGCGGCAGUGCCUGGCCGAGGCCGAGCAGGACGACGGGGCGCUGCCGCCCGAGCUGCAGGACGACGACGAGGCCGCCGCUGCGCCGCAGCCCGAGCACAAGCAGCAGAAGCUUUGGCACCUCUUCCAGAACUCGGCCACAGCCGUGGCGCAGCUCUACAAGGACCGGGUGUGCCAGCAGCCGGGCCUCUCCCUCUGGGUUCCGUUCCAGAACGCUGCCACCGCAGUCACCAACCUCUACAAAGAAAGUGUGGAUGCCCAUCAGCGGAGUUUCGAUGUAGGAAUCCAUAUUGGCUAUCAGCGUCGUAAUAAGGAUGUGUUGGCUUGGGUUAAAAAGCGCAGAAGAACUAUUCGCAGAGAAGACUUAAUCAGUUUCCUGUGUGGGAAGGCUCCUCCUCCACGAAACUCUAGAGCUCCCCCAAGACUGACUGUAGUAUCCCCUAACCGAGCUACUUCCACAGAAACUAGCUCCUCUGUAGAGACAGACUUGCAGCCCUUCCGAGAAGCCAUAGCUCUCCAUGGUCUUAGUGGUGCAAUGGCUAGUAUAAGUGUUCGCUCAAGUACCCCGGGCUCACCCACUCAUGUGAGCAGCGGCUCCAAUGGUAGUCGAAGGAGAAAUGGACUCCAUGAUGUUGACUUGAACACUUUCAUAUCCGAAGAAAUGGCACUCCACUUGGACAAUGGUGGAACUAGAAAGCGUACCUCAGCCCAGUGUGGUGAUGGCAUUACGGACUCCCCGACCCAUAAACGCAAUCGUAUGAUCUAAAUGGCAGAACCUUUUGGCCCUCUUCUCCUCCCUGCCCCCCGCCAUGCUGCUUGAAAGCCACUUGUUGCUCAGCAUCCUGCUGGGAAAACAAACCUGAAGUUCUCUCAUCCUGAGUCAUACAAAAUCAAUAAUUGCCAUAAAGGAAAGCUUACAUACUGACAGUAGAUUCUUCUUGUACCUACAGCUUUCUUCAGAUUAGAUUCUUUAGCAGAGGACUUCCAAUGUUGCAUAGUAGUAGCUAGCAAGCUCAUCGCAGGCAGAACAUGCAUCCGUUCCAAGGCUAAAAGUGACCUUACUUGUAUUCUUAAAGGGAAAAAGGAAAUAUCAGACGUUUAUUUGGUUAUAGCAA